GCUGUUGAACUAUACACAGUAUUUGUAUGGAUGCAAAUUAUUAUCUAUUCAGCAAUCGAUAUGGCAUUCAUUUCUACAAUGAAGAUAGUUAAUAGAUGGUAAAAUAAAUGACCAAUGGCCAAUAUAUUGAUUGCGGUCAUGUGAUUUUCGGACACAAGUCAAUUGGUUUUAAAUUUUGAAUGAUUGUUUCAAGUUUUAUUGCUAUUUAGGAAAUUAUCAUUGAACUCUUAUUUGGAAUGAAAUUAAUACGUAUACAUGGAAUUCGAGUUAUAUCGUAAAAGGACACAGAUGAGAAACAUAAUAAAGGGAGAUGCCAUGGCAAACUAUUCCAAUGCGAUUAACAUACUACAAACCAAACUGGCGUCUGCUUACGUUGAGUCUGAUGAUUUUACUGACGAUAUUCACGUUCAUACAUGUAGCUUCGGAUAUGAUGGCCAAAUGUCCAUCGUGUGUAUCUAUCAGAUUAUUUCACAAACGUGAAGUAAAAUUUGAUUUCAACUAUGAAAAAUAUUUAAAUAUGACUUGGAAAAGUAAACAGGAAGCCAUCUCAUUGUUGACAAUGUUCACAACCUGGAACCCGUCCAUGCAAAAACCAGUUGUGUAUACAAAUGCAGUGAAAAACUGGCAUUCUUUAAGCCAGAAUGUUCGAACUAUUGCCUUCACAAACGAUAGUGAAAUAGAAAUUUUAGCAAGAGAGGGUGGUUGGCUUACUUUGCCCAUUAAAGAUACCGCGUGCUUUGGUACACCAAUUUUGAGAUCGAUGUUCCGCGAAGCAAUGGAUUUACCAACCAAAUCAAAACUCUACGCGUAUGUUAAUGCUGAUUUAGUGUUUAAUGAUGGAUUAGUAAAAACACUGACAGAAAUUACAAAGAGUCCUUAUUUCGAAAAAGGACCAAUUCUCGUUGUAGGUAAAAGAAUAGACGUGAAUAUAUCGAGAUUACAUGAACCGGAAAUGAAUGCGACUGGUGAUGUUGACGAACUAGCAAAACAUGGCAAUAUAUCAUGGGGAUUUGCAGCGGAUUUCUACAUAACAAAUGAAUUAUUUCCAUGGGAAUUUGUUCCAAAUUUAGUCAUAGGUAGACCUCUCAUUGACAAUUGGUUAAUUUGGUAUGCUAGACAAAUAGGUGCUAAAGUUAUAGACAUAACUGGGACCGUUUUAGCUGUUCAUCAAUUAGCUAAUGGUUUGAAGAGAAUUCAUUUUAUGUGCAAUAAAGCCGAAAUGUGGAAAGCAGGUUUAUUGCCAAAUACGCCAAUUUGGAAAGGCAUGAUAGAGUGUGCCUCAUUUGAGACUAAGUAUAAUAGUAAAGGAGAAGUUAUUAUUUUACCAAAGCUUAUAAUGCAGCAUAUAUGUAAACAUGAUGAGGUUGUGUUUCACUGAUAAAAUUGGUUUUUUGAUUUUAAAUUCAAAUCACUUCAUACAUUUUUCUUGAUAGGGCACAUUUUUAUAAAUGAUCACUGAUGGUUUUAAAACAUGUGUAUGUAAGCUUUGAUAUGAUUCGCAAUUUACACGAAAAGAAGAGACGGGCACAGUAAUGUAGUAUUUAAUGAUGAGGUCUGGAAUUUAGAAUUUAUACUAUCAUAAUGCUCUUUUGAUUUAUACUAUAAAUCAAAAGAGCAUUAGUUAAGGAAUAAA